AUGGCCGACCCAGUGUUCCCGCAACAAUUCAGCCGUGCAGGCAACACUACUCACACCGGAGACGUUUUCAGCAUUCCACAAGAAGAACAACUGGCUUAUGGAACCGCCGGAUUCCGUUUCCGUGCCGAAAAACUGCCAUUCAUUGUGUUCCGAUGCGCGUACGUGGCAAGUCUUCGCGCCCGUCAACUCGACUCGGCAAUCGGUGUGAUGAUCACGGCGUCCCAUAAUCCGGCGGCCGAUAAUGGCGUCAAAUUGGUCGAUCCGAGUGGAGAUAUGCUCAGUCAGCAGUGGGAGAAAUACGCGACAGAAAUCGUGAAUGCAACAGACGAGGAUCUUCCAUCUGCCGUUCGAGCCCUCGAGAAACAAAUGUCUCAAGUUGAGAAAUCGAGAAUUUCGUCUGGACAGACAAAGAAUGCUCGAGUGGUGUGUGGAAUGGAUACCCGUCUAUCAGGUCCCCAUUUGAUAUCGGCCGCCCGUGCAGGCUCCGCCCUCUUCAAUGUCCAAUUCGUCGACGUGGGAAUUGUGACGACUCCGAUGCUUCAUUACACUGUCAAAUCGUUCAAUGAGCCCGAUUUCGCUGAGCCGACGAAUCAGGGAUACUAUCGGGCGAUUAGUUCGGCGUUUAGAGAGUUGUAUGGAAUUACACAAGAGCCGGAAGGGUCUCGCUACCAACCCCAUGUGAUCGUCGAUUGUGCAAACGGAGUCGGUGCUCCACGUCUCCGCGAAUUCAUCGAACACAUUCCACGUGAUAUGUUGGAAAUCGAGUUGAGAAACGAGCGAGGAGAGUUGAAUCACGAUUGUGGAGCGGAUUUUGUGAAAAUUUCACAAAAAAUGCCGACGGAAUUCGGGAAUUCCGAGGAGGGGAAGGAAGGAAAAUGUGUGUCGUUUGACGGCGAUGCGGAUCGGAUUCUGUAUUUUAGAGGAAAAGGGGCGGAGUCUGGGGAUUCUGAAUGCGUGGAGCUCUUCGAUGGUGACCGUAUUGCUGUGCUCUUUGCAAUGUAUCUCAAAGAGCAAUUAGACGAAUUUGCGGCAAUUAAGACCAAUUAUCGUCUGACAAUGGGUAUUAUCCAGACGGCGUAUGCCAACGGAGCGUCAACUCGAUUCAUUCGAGAUUCGCUGAAAAUUGAGACGGUUAUUGUACCGACGGGCGUUAAACACUUGCAUGAAGCGGCUUCUGAAUUCGAUGUGGGCAUCUAUUUUGAGGCGAAUGGACACGGAACGGUGGUGUUCAGUGAACAGUUUAAUAGUGCUAUUCGGAGAGCGCCCUCGUCUAUCAUGUGUAUCCGCCGUCUCGCCCUAUUCUCUCGAGUGAUCAACGAGACUGUCGGAGACGCAUUCGCAGAUUUGAUGGCCAUUGAGAUGUGUCUUCGUCAUUUCGGAUGGUCGAUGGACGAUUGGAAUCAGAAAUUGUAUACGGAUGUUCCGAAUAUUCAAAUCAAAGUUCCCGUCGACGAUCGAUCGAUUUUUAAGACGACGAAUGCUGAGCAGACACUUUUGAAACCGGAUGGAAUUCAGAAGAGAAUCGAUGAAGAUGUCGCCAAAUUCAAGAGUUCUAGAGCUUUUAUUAGACCAUCUGGCACCGAGAACAUUGUCCGUAUCUACGCCGAAGCGGAUACUGUCGAAAACACUCUUCUCCUCGGAAAAUCAUUGGAACAAGUCGUUUUGAGCAUUCGUUCCGCCUGA